AUGGCUACACGCAAGAGAAGUGGAUCAGGGUCAAAAGACACCUCAAAAGAAGUAGUUCAAAUUUACGAAUCCUUCUUUCGUGGCGAAGAUUUAACGACUGAUAAUGCUACUUUCUGGGAUGAGUUCUUUCUUUUGAAGCCCAAAAUACCCCAGUUAGAAGCUGAGAUUCACAAACUUUCUGUUGAACAACUUAUGAACAUGAAAGACAGCAUAAACUUGCUUGUGUCUCAAUGUAUUGAAAUGUUGGGGCAAGAACACCACAUAAGAUUAGUUUAUGCUCUCCAAACUCUAAGUGCUCUGUUAAUAACAAUGUACCAAAGAGCUGGCCAGGACUCUAACAUAAAUAUCAAAACAGUCACAAUUGGUUCAGAGAAUGCUGACAAUAAAAUGCAAAAGUUGUUUGAACACUGUAGUACUAUAUUAUCAGGUGAUGUGCCAGACAGCCUGAAAUCAAUGGUUUUGAAACUUCUUUUGGUCAUUGCAACUGGCAUAGAUAACAUUGAUGACAAUCCUCUGGUAGAAUACUUUAUGCAGAACUCAUUGUUUGAGCCACUAAUACAGCUCUUAUGCACUUCUACAGAAAGGCAACAUCAUGGAUAUGAUGUAGUCAUGCUUUUGAUGUUCCUUGUAAACUACAAAAAACAAGAAUCAGCAAAUCCUUAUGUUGUGAAGUUGUCAAUAUUAGAUGAUGAAUUGGCACUAAAUGGGUAUGGUCAAGUAAUAACAGCAGCACUAAAUGAUUACGUCAUGUCCACAUUUGGGGGCAUGCAAGGAGGCGGCGGCGGCGGAGGCUGGCUCUCUUCUCUCACCAGUAUGGUUGGCGGUAUAUUCCUUACCAGUGAUGAAACACAGCCUAUUAUUAGAGGGCAGAGGAACAGUGGCGGAGAAGAAGGCAUGUUAUUAGCAUUAUAUGAGGCAGCACAUUUAAACCGUAACUUCAUGACGACACUAGCUCAUUCAUCGUCAGCAGCCGCCUCUUCAGCGCCGCCGUCACCGCCCGCGACCCUUCCACCGCACCAGACGCCACCUAAUUUAACACAAAUUCAGGCGCUAGACAAUGAACAGCCAACAAAUCUACUAGUCACGUUCUUUCAGUAUUGCUCCAUUGUAAUGGCUGACACACGAAUGGAGUCAAGCAUCAACAAGUGCAGCCUUUGUUUCAUCAUCCUAACUUGUAUAGUAGAAGAACAGUUCGCUAAUUCUAUUAUGCACGACCAAAAUCUUACUUUUAAGGUACAGUUGUACAGGCUUCCAAUGCGCCACAGGAAAAUUGUCCUUGAGGAGCCGCCCUCACAACCCCUCGCAUCCACUCUGAUUGAUCUCCUUGUUGAGUUCAUUAUGUGCCAUCUAUUGAAGAAAUUCCCCGGUGAACUAUACCAGUUAUGUGUGGGAGUACUUUUACGUUUACUGAGCUAUCAAAAGCGGUGUCGAGUUAGACUCGCAAGGGACUGGCGACCUCUUUGGGCCGCCCUCAUUGCUCUACUCAAGUUCUUAGUUACAAAUGAGAGCACUUUACUUAGAAGGCAUAAUAUUUUUAUUAUGGCCCAACAGGUUGUCAACAUUUUCAACCUUUUUAUUACAUUUGGCGAUACGUUUUUGCCAACCCCGGCAUCCUAUGACCAAUUAUAUUAUGAAUUGAUUCGGAUGCAUCAAGUUUUCGAUAAUCUGUUCUACAUGGCUCUACGUUAUUCGACCAGUGACGGUGAAUUCAAAGCUGAGGCGUUGAGAUUAGCCAAUUGCUUAGUCAACGUACGUGCUAUCAUACAACACUUCUCCCCGAAGAUUGAAGCUUGGUUAGCUUCGCAAAAUCUGUCUACCCCUACAGAAGACCAGAUUCUAGAAGUCGUCCGAAAGAACUACGACAGUCUCAUAUUGAAAUUACAAGAAGGUUUAGAAUCGUAUGAGCGAUACUCAGAGAGGGAACACCGCCCUCUGCUGUCUCGCUUAGUUUUGGCGGCGCGACAGAGAAGCGACUACUCCGCGCUGCAUCACCACACUGCAGCCGCCCUAGAACAUUACACUAGCAUCUCUUGAAAGUAUUGAGAAAUAUAGACUUACGAUGAUUGGGUAUGAUAAGCAUAUGUUGUGAUGGCUAAAGCCGGGUUGCAGACAUGUAUAAUUUUCGCCUGAAACAAUUAUUAGCUCAUCGGUACAUCUGACAACCGAAGAAUCACGUUAGUUGCUAACGUAGUUCCGUGGAUACCAAGGAUUCACAGGGACUGGACCCGGCUUAAAAAAAUCUGCAUAUCCAAAUGGCGUUAUACACACGUACAAAAUAUUAUUAAAUCCACGCAACGAAAAGCAACAAUGCAAACAAAAAAAAAAUAAUAAAAUUCUCUCUACUUUAAAUUAUUCGAGGUUAAAAAUUAUUUUUCGGAUUGAGUUUUUCAAUUUGUCUCAUUUCUGUGCUCGAAAUCUAGUCUUUAAUAUAUUUUGACAUACUGCCACACCAUUUAAAUAUUUCGAUAAAAUAAAUAGAUGAUUAUUAAAUAUUUAGAUGAUUCAUCUAAUCAUUGAUAACUAUAAAUGUUUAAGUAAUCGUGAAUUAUAUCUUUCAACUUCAUAACAUUUAAUAGACUACAGUGAAAACAAGAUAAGCUAAUGGAUCUAAAGUGUAUCAACUGAUAUGACAUUUAAACUUCCUCAUAAACAUUGUUUGUUUUUAUUUUUCUAAGGUAUGCAUUAUUAUUUACCUUAUUCUAUAUUAUUUAAGGUUUUAUUAUUUAGUGUUUGUUACCUUAUUGAUAUCAUAAUUUAGAUUAUAUUUUCAAUUGAACCAUAGACUUAUACAAUGCAACUUUAUUUAAGUGUUCACCUAUUAUUUGCGUUAUAUUUUAGAUGCAUGAUGUACAUACAUAUAAUUGGCCAUGUAUUUUUAGAAAUUAAUAUACAUAAUUAUUUUAAAUAAUCCUGAUGGCUAUUAUGAGAUGUUGAAAACACCAAUAAAUUGUAAUGACCAGUGAGAAGUCAUUUGAAAAAGCGACAGUUAUAUGAAUAGUUUUGAUAUGUGUAUGAAAUGAGAUUUUAAUGUUGGAGUAUCAGAGAUAGUAUGUAAUGUUACUUUAAUAAAUUAUUUUUGUGAAAUA